AUGUACCCAGAAAAUUCCCAAAUUAUUGGUAUAAAAAAAUCUACUAAUAAUGAAUAUUACAUUUCUGAAUCAAAUUCACAACCUAUCUUUGAUAAACCACUUCAAUCUUCUUCUGGUACUGAUAAUAAUUCUAGAAAUUAUAGACUUUUUAAUGUUAGAAACCAAUUACAAUAUGACUACUAUAACAAUAAUGAAAAUAAAAUUGGACACUUUUGGUUGACUUGUGGUAGUUACAACUGUGGAAGAGGCAAAAAAUAG